UUGCUAGUUUAUCUCCUUCUCUCCCCUCUAUAUAUUUUUAACUCUCACUUUUCUAUCUCAAACCAAAAGUACUCUUAAAUAAAAUAACAAGAAAUGAUAGGGGAAGAAGAAAAAAGUAGUAAUAAGUUGGAUUUUGAGGAGACAGAAUUAAGGCUAGGGUUGCCUGGUGGAGGAAGAAAAAAUGCUCAUGAUGAUAAUGAUACUUAUAAUGUUAAUGGUAAAAGAGGUUUUGUGGAUUUGAAGCUCAACCUUUCUUCUGAUAUUAACAACAUUAAGAAUUCAACACUCAAAACCCCAGCUGCCAAGACACAAAUUGUGGGUUGGCCACCAGUAAGGUCCUUUCGAAAGAAUAUUUUGACUUCCCAGAAGCUUGGCCAAGAGAGUGACAAUAUUUUAGUGAAGGUGAGCAUGGAUGGUGCACCUUACCUUAGAAAAGUGGACUUAAACAUGUACAGGAGUUAUCAAGAAUUAUCUGAUGCCUUAGCCAAGAUGUUCAAUUCCUUCACUAUUGGUAUGACAUAUUUACUUCUUAUAUUUUCUAUGAAUUUAACUCUUUAUCAUGAACAAAUCUAA